AUAUCAGCACAACCGCAGCAACGCAGGUAGCAACUGAAACCGACGCCAGCUCAAGUCUAUAGGGUGAGUCACUACAGAGCAGUAGCCAAAUCUUCUACCUAGUUAGCUCUCUCUCUAGUAGCUACAUCCUUCAGCUAGCCAAAUCCCAGGCAUGGACGGAAAGAAGAAGCCCACUGCUGCGGCUGGGAGCUCCAUCGUCGACGACCUCUUCGGCCCCAAGGACGGCGCCGCCGCCUCCUCCGCCGGCUACUUCAGCACCGUCUUCCCAACUCCAUCCGGGGCGACGGGGAAAGAUGCGUCACUCCGGGCAGCAGCAGCCGCUGGGAAUAAAUCAUCGUCGGCAGGGCAUCAGCAGCAAGGAAAGCAGCACGGGGGUUCACCCGAGUCGCCUUACUUCGGCUCCUCUUCCGUCCACUAUGGCGGCCGGGACUUCUACGCCGGCGCCGAAUCUCAGCGGCAGUAUCCGGCCGCCGCUGCCGCACCGGCACCCAAGCACAAGGAAGACGGCGACACAUCGGCAGCCACCCGGGGUGAGUGGUGGCAAGGUUCCCUCUACUACUAGCACUAGCAGGAAAGAGAGACUGGUGUGAGAUGAGAUAUAAAUAAAAUGUACAGCUAGCUACCUCAUAAUAGCAUGCUUCAUCAUCGUUAUUUCACUGGGUGGAGAAGAUGGUCAGUCCAGCGAUCAUCAGCUUAACUAAUUAUUAAGCUACUGUUAUGUUAGAGCUUGUGUGUGUCUACCUAGUUGGGACAUGGGUCCUCUCAUGUGUGUACUACUGUGCUCUUGUAAUAUGCCUUCUCACACUAAUAUAUGGUCGUGCGCUUGUAUGUGUGUGCUAUGGUUUUGCCUCUCCAUCAUCAAAUUAGUCAGGCUUACUGAAAAAAUCGAGCACACUGAAUUCGCGUCUCCUUAAUGGCAUUAUAUUGUAGAGAAAAGUGUGCAUGGCACCCCAGCUUUGUCGAAAGUCAUAAAUAGAUUGUCUUAUGUA